CUCUUGCGGUUCUGGCGCCGCUGCUUUCGAGCGCGCGCGCUGGCGAGGGGACCCCGGAGCGCGCAGCCCCCAGCUCGCGCCAGGUCCCCGCGCGUCGCCGCCACCACGGCGCAGAGGGAGCGCGACCCGCGGCUCCGGCCUGGCGUGGAGCCCGGUCCGGCCAUUGCCCAGGGCCUGAGCAGCCGAGCCUGCUGACCGCAGCAGCACCCGUGCCCCACUCCCCACGGCCACACCAUGUCCGGCUCCUACGAUGAGGCCUCGCUGGCUCCGGAGGAGACCACAGACAGCUUCUGGGAGGUGGGGAACUACAAGCGCACGGUGAAACGCAUCGACGACGGCCACCGCCUGUGCAACGACCUGAUGAGCUGCGUGCAGGAGCGCGCCAAGAUCGAGAAGGCAUACGCGCAGCAGCUCACCGACUGGGCCAAGCGCUGGCGCCAGCUCAUCGAGAAAGGCCCGCAGUAUGGCAGCCUGGAGCGGGCCUGGGGUGCCAUCAUGACAGAGGCAGACAAGGUGAGCGAGCUGCACCAGGAGGUGAAGAACAGCCUGCUGAAUGAGGACCUGGAGAAGGUCAAGAACUGGCAGAAGGAUGCCUACCACAAGCAGAUCAUGGGCGGCUUCAAGGAGACCAAAGAAGCUGAGGACGGCUUCCGCAAGGCCCAGAAGCCCUGGGCCAAGAAGAUGAAGGAGCUGGAGGCCGCCAAGAAGGCCUACCACCUGGCCUGCAAGGAGGAGAAGCUGGCCAUGACUCGGGAGAUGAACAGCAAGGGCGAGCAGUCGGUCACACCAGAGCAGCAGAAGAAGCUGCAGGACAAAGUGGACAAAUGCAAACAGGAUGUGCAGAAGACGCAGGAGAAGUACGAGAAGGUGCUGGACGACGUGGGCAAGACCACACCCCAGUACAUGGAGGGCAUGGAGCAGGUGUUCGAGCAAUGCCAGCAGUUUGAGGAGAAGCGACUGGUCUUCCUCAAGGAGGUGUUGCUGGACAUCAAGCGUCACCUCAACCUGGCGGAGAACAGCAGCUACAUCCACGUGUACCGGGAGCUGGAGCAGGCCAUCCGGGGGGCUGACGCCCAGGAGGACCUCCGGUGGUUCCGAAGCACCAGCGGCCCCGGCAUGCCCAUGAACUGGCCCCAGUUCGAGGAGUGGAACCCAGAUCUGCCCCAUGCCACCGCCAAGAAGGAGAAGCAGCCCAAGAAGACGGAGGGGGCGGCGCUGAGCAACGCUACCGGGGCAGUGGAGUCCACAUCCCAGGCUGGGGACCGCGGCAGUGUCAGCAGCUACGACAGAGGCCAGCCUUACGCCACAGAGUGGUCGGACGACGAAAGCGGAAACCCUUUUGGGGGCAGCGAGGCCAACGGAGGCGCCAAUCCCUUCGAGGAUGACACCAAGGGCGUCCGAGUGCGGGCGCUGUACGAUUACGACGGCCAGGAACAAGAUGAGCUCAGCUUCAAAGCGGGCGACGAGCUCACCAAGCUGGGUGAAGAGGACGAGCAGGGCUGGUGCCGUGGGCGGCUGGACAGCGGGCAGCUGGGCCUCUACCCCGCCAACUACGUGGAGGCCAUCUAGCUGCCUACCGGCCACGCCCUCCCUCCUGUCCACCUCGGCCCCGCCCUCUCCCUUCCUCUCUCCCCUCCCCCUCCCCUUGCCAUAGAGUUCCAGACAUAUUUUCCGAUCAAGCUUUUAUUUUUUUAAAAGUCAAAACAGAACAAAAAAUAUAAAGAGACAGAGCAUUUGCAGGGCCACCUGGAGGCCAGGGUGGUGGAACUUGGAACGAUGGCUCCGGGGUGGCUGAGGGUCUUAGGACUUAGCUCAACAUCACAUCUGCUCUUCGGAGUCCACCAAAGAGUCUCCUGAGCCCUGAGAGACAUCGGGACCCAUCCACGCUGUCUCACUGUCGCCUGCCUGCCCCAGCCCACCACAGAUGCCAGCAUCGCCCCUGCUCUCUGAGCCUGGCUUCCUGACCACUUCCUCCUCCUCCUCCUCCUCUCCCCCCAAGAAGGGAGCCCCCAUCUUGAGUCUUCCACUCUGCCCAGUCUUAGCCCCAUUCCUGAGGACCAGUGGGGCUGGGGGAGGGAGAGUCACCCUCCUUUCCUAUAGCAGUUCCCAGGCCUCCUAGGCUUCCCCAGGUGUGAAAAAGGGUGAGCUGGAUGGAGGGGCAGUGCCACUGCACAGCCCAGAGUGAGUGGAAGGGCACUGAGCCCUCAGCCCAGGCUGUGCUAGGCCCAUCUGUGGACCAAGACCCUUCUUCCCAGCUGCCAGCAGUGUGGGUAGAGGCCCCUGCUCGGAACCACACCCCUUGAUCACUCUCAGAGGCCCUGCCCCGCGGAAGUCCUUUGUGGCUAGGGACAAGGCCCUCAAACCCAGGGCAAAGCCAGCAACAGUAGCAGCCUCCUCCCAUUUCCUGGGGGAAAGGGCAUCUUGCCUGGUCACCCCCCACCCCAUAUCUGUCCAAACCCUGGAACCAUGGGCUCAGCAUCAGCCUCUGUGAAGCCAAGCCUUGUGUCCGCAAGGCUCCUGGCCUGACCAUCCCCACCCUUCUCUUCCCUUUUGGGCCUGGGGGGGCCAUGGGCACUUCCAGCCUGGGGCCAUCAGGGCAAGGCCUCAGUCAAGUGGAGCAGGACAGUGUACGUCUGACCUCAAGGGCAAGCCGAUCAUCUUUCUUCCUGGCCCCCCAACCUGCUGAACAUUAUCCUGCUGGCAGCACCCCCAUCUCUUCAAGCCUGGGUCCCAGUUCAGAGACCCAGGGAUGUGAGGGGCAGAGGACUGGUGGGUGUGGUGAGAGCAGUAUUCCCAGUGUUGGGGACGUGCUGCCCCUCCCAGGUGGCACAGACCUCUCCUCCCCGCUUCAGGGGUGUGCUGGGAGUUGGGGGGUGCAUUGCCCCAGCCCGCGGGCUCCCUGCACCUCCCAGGGCUCCAUCCCACUCCUACAGCUCUGACAAGGGCCCCGGCUGGGAGAGGCCUUGCUCAGGACCAAGGAUGGUGGCACCCCAGGCCCUGGCAUGCUGCCAGCACCCCUUAUCGCUGUCUGGUCUCUGGGCCUCCUCUGCCACCUGAGACUCAGCCUGGGCCCUCGGAGCCCAGUGCCCUGACGAAUCCGCAGGGAUCUGGGGGCUCUGCCCCUCCCCGCUUGCCCGCAGGGGCAGGAAUGUGGCUCAUCUGCGCCUUGGGGCCUAGGCUCCCCCUCUUGGUGCCAGGUGGGACCCAGGCCUCUACCUUUUAGCCCUCUAGCUGCCCACUGCUGGGCAGGGACUGGAGAACCCAGCCCUUUGGAGCCGCCACAUCCACAGCCUCAUGUGGGACCUGCCCUCGGCCUCCGAAACUCCUCAGGACCCCAAAGCAGAAGGGUCUCCCCUCUGCAAGUCCCCUGAGCUCGGGGCCUCACCCCACCUGUCAAUGCUGGUGUCAGGGCCACGCUCCCCCCCCCCCGUCCUGUGGCCGCUGCCCACCCUGACCUUAUGCCGCGCCGGCCUUGGGGCUCGGCCAGUGAGUGUGUGUCUCCAGUUAGUGACCAUUCUGCGGCCGGGCUCCGUGAGGGCCCGCGCUGCCCCAUCGCUGCCGCCGUCACCUGCCACCCUAGGCUUCCUGACUCCAUUAGUUCCGACACUUGUGAACCUCCGAGAAGUGCUGUGGUCUCAGCAACGCGCCUGUUUUGUAUAUGAUUGUGUAAUUUAAAGGUAUAUAAAUACAAAUAUCUAUUAUAUAUAUAUAAAUAUAUAUAAGUCGUGACUGUAAGACUGUGCAUAAAGCCCAGAACUGUGUCAACCUG